UUUGAUGGCUACGUUCCUUUAGACAUAACUGGGAUUUGUAGUUUUGUUUUUCGAUUUUAACGCAAGCAAAACAAGAAAAGAACAUUAUCACCCAUAAUUCCGCGCGUCUGUGUGUAUCAGAGACUUUAAAACCGGUGACAGUCAGGAUGGAGGCAGUUUUAGCCAAGUAUGAAAACCAGAUCAACGUGUUCUCUGAGUUUUUAGAAGAUCUACCAGAUACUGACGAUCCGGUGUGGAUUUUAGGAGAAUCAUAUAAUGUUAAAACAGGAAAGUCAGCACUUCUGUCGGAUGUGCGUUCACGGCUGUGGUUCACGUACAGGAAAAAGUUCAGUCCUAUCGGAGGAACCGGUCCAUCCGCAGACACGGGUUGGGGCUGCAUGCUGCGCUGUGGACAGAUGAUCCUGGCACAAGCUCUCAUCUGCAGCCAUCUUGGACGAAAGUGGCGUUGGGAGAGUGAGAGCCUUCAACCUGCGGCGUACCGGCGCAUCCUGCACUGCUUCCUGGACCGAAAAGAUAGCUGCUAUUCAAUUCACCAGAUGGCUCAGAUGGGGGUGGGUGAGGGUAAAUCGGUUGGAGAAUGGUAUGGUCCAAACACAGUAGCACAAGUCCUCAGGAAACUCGCAUUAUUUGAUGAUUGGAGUUCAUUAGCUGUGUAUGUGUCCAUGGACAACACCGUAGUGAUCGAAGACAUCAAAAAGCAGUGUCAUCAGAAAGUGAGGUCCAGUCGGUGUGUGUGGGGAGAAGCAGAACCUCCUCCAUCAGGUGAGACGUUGUCAUCAGGACACACUUUGACGGACAACUCGGAGCAGCGCCAGGCUCCGUCUCCCAUCUCCCAUUCCCUGCAUUCCCUAGACUGGAAGCCUCUGCUGCUGCUCAUCCCACUCCGCAUGGGCAUCAACAACAUCAACCCCAUCUACAUCCAGGCCCUGAAGGAAUGUUUUAAGAUGCCUCAGUCAUGUGGAGUUCUUGGUGGAAAACCCAACCUGGCUUAUUACUUCAUUGGUUUUAUAGAUGAUGAGCUGAUAUAUUUGGAUCCUCACACCACUCAGUGUGCUGUAGACUCUGAGACGGACCUCAGGGUGGAGGAUCAGAUUCAUAGUCAGAGGAGUCCUCAUCGCAUGAAGAUCACCAGCCUCGACCCUUCUGUAGCUCUGGGCUUCUUCUGUAAGAGUGAGGAGGACUUUGACACCUGGUGUAAUCAGGUCCAGCAGGAAAUUCUGAAGAAACGGAACUUGCGGAUGUUUGAGCUGGUAGAGAAACAUCCAUCUCACUGGCCACCAUUCAUUCCUCCAACUAAACCUGAGGUUCAGACCACAGGAGCAGAAUUCAUCGAGUCCACAGAUAAACUGUUUGAGUCUGAGGAGGAGUUUGAGAUCCUGAGUGUUUGAACUGCACAGGUCUAAACUUCACACAGUCUAAAGCAUCAAGUUUCUACUGAUCAUCACAAGUGCCUCAGAUCAGCACCAAGCGCAGGAUACGCAAAAAAGAAAUAAAAGAAUAGAAAAACGCCUGGAGCUGAAGAACACCGAGCUGAAGAACACCGAUCGCUCCAACGUCCUGAGGACAGGUGACAUCAGUGUUCCAGAAACACCUCAUAUCAAGUCUCACCUCGGAGUCACAACAAGAAAAAGCCAAGGAUUACUGUAGCCACUGUGUGAUUUUAACUCUGUUUUAGACUCUCUCUCUCUCUCUCUCUCUCUCUCUCUGUGUGUGUGUGUGUGUGUGUGUGUGUGUGUGUGUGUGUGUGUGUGUGUGUGUGUGUGUGUGUGUGUGUUUAAAACUGUUUGUUUGAAUUAGAUGUAUUGUACUGUAACAAAACAUCUGCACAGGACUUAAACAAAACACCCCUGGAGUCUUUGUAAAAUACAUGGCCUCAACACACACACACACACACACACACACACACACACGCACACUUUUAUGCAGUGUUAUUUGAGGGAGAUGGGAACAGUGUGUUUAAACUUUUUCUCCUCGUAAUCAGAAGUUCUUUCCUUCUGAAAUAAAUUGCACAUUCAUGUAAAUAUUCUUAAAAUAAAUAAUUUCUCAUUUUC